AUGAUUGAACUGUACAGCAAAACAAAUUCGUCUACUAUUCGCAAUAGUGUUGACUACAUGUUUCCCGAUCCGAGCAGAAAUAAACACAAAGAUUCAAUGUCUGAUGAUACAUUGCAUCAACAUCGUUCACAGUUAGGAGUGGUUCUAGAUAGAACACUCACUUAUAGAGAACACCUAACCAGACUAUCAGCAAAAGUCAAGACCCGUCAGAGCAUCAUUUCAAAGCUAUCUAGCUCAACAUGGGGAGCUGACGCGAAUACGCUACGUAUAAGCACGCUAUCAUUAGUGUAUUCUACAGCUGAGUACUGUGCCCCUGUCUGGCUUAACAGCGUCCACACAAAGAACGUAGACAAACACCUUAAUGCCGCAAUGCGCACAAUUGGUGGGUUAACAAAGUCUACACCACUAAAAUGGCUACCAGUGCUUAGUAACAUUGCUCCGCCAAAGUUACGAAGAGAACAUGCACUAUUGCAAGAAUGGAAAAAGUACGGUGAUAACCCCCUCCUUCCCAUACACACGGACCUGACUGCAUUAGAAAAUGUCCAACGACUCAAGUCACGAAAACCACCAUGGAAAACAGCGAGGGAUCUCACCAAAGACAAUUUCAAUAUAAGUUCUAAAUGGGAAAACGAUUGGACAAUAGAAAAUCCAGAUAACCAAAAACUGGUGAUCAACCCAACUAUCAAACAACCGGGAUUUGACCUCGAAAGAAAUACUUGGGUAACACUAAACCGUAUUAGAACUGGUCAUGGUAGGAGUGGCCACAUGAUGUAUAAAUGGGGACUGCGUGACAAUGAAACGUGUGACUGUGGGUGUGAAUCCCAGACGAUCAAUCACAUCACCACUGAAUGCCCAAUUCGUGCAUUUAAAGGCACCAUGGAAGAUAUCCACCUGGUGAAGGAAGAAGCGGUGGAAUGGAUGAAGAACCUGGAUGUGAAGCUAUAG